AUGCGCGUCACAAAGGUUGGAUAUGCCGGAGAAAACUUUCCGCGAUCCAUCUUCCCGUCGCUCGUGGGGAGACCGAUUUUGCGUGCCGAAGAAGCUUUCCAAGAGGGCGUAGAGCUGAAGGACAUCAUGUGUGGAGACGCUGCGGCCGCCGUUCGCGCUUCGCUGGAGACCAGCUAUCCCGUAACCAACGGUAUCAUUCAAAACUGGGACGAUAUGGAGGAGCUGUGGAAGUACACUUUCGAAGAAAAACUGGCCAUCAACCCGUCGGACCAUAAGAUUCUCCUCACGGAGCCCCCGCUGAACCCAACCAAGAACCGCGAGCAGAUGGUGGAGCGCAUGUUCGAGAAGUUCGGUUUCGGGGCGUGCAACGUGUCAAUCCAGGCCAUGCUCACACUAUACGCGCAGGGCUUGCUGACGGGGGUAGUGGUGGACAGCGGCGACGGCGUCAGCCACGUCAUCCCGGUGUACGACGGGUUUGUCCCGCAAAACCUGAUUCGCCGGUUGGACGUCGCCGGGCGCCACCUGACCAGGUAUCUCAUCAAGCUGCUGCUGCUUCGUGGGUAUGCCUUCAACCGCACUGCCGACUUCGAAACCAUCCGCCAAAUCAAGGAGAAGCUGUGCUACGUGGCGCACGACAUAGGAAUGGAGCGCCGCUUGGCGCAGGAGACGACCGUUCUUGAGGAAUCAUACACGCUGCCCGACGGGCGAGUGAUCAAGCUCGGGCGCGAGAGGUUUGAAGCCCCAGAACCGCUGUUUGACCCAAGCCUCGUGGAUGUGGAGGCGCCAGGUCUGGGGGACAUGGUAUUCGAAAUGAUUCAGAAGUCUCCUAUGGACUGCCGGACCGACUACUAUAAGCACAUCGUGCUGUCUGGUGGUACGUCCAUGUACCCCGGGUUUCCAACCCGGCUGGAGAAGGACAUCAAAGCAAGGUAUCUCAAGGACAUUCUCAAGGGCGACGCGGACCGACUGAAGAAGUUCAAGCUCAACAUCGAGGACCCUCCUCGCCGGAAACACUUGGUUUUCAUUGGGGGUGCGGUGCUCGGGGAUGUGAUGAAGAACCGACACGAGUUUUGGGCUACAAAGGAGGAGUGGGACGAGGAAGGAGCGCGGGUCCUGCAAAAGUAUAGAUGAUGGCAAUAUGAUGCCCUUGUUGCUGUCGCUUCGACUCGCACGUUGUUCUUGUUUUUGAUUUUGGGAUGGUGGCACGCUUUGGUCGUCCAAUAGGAAGUCCGGUUAUGGUUCAUUAAUUCCGAUGUAGCUGCAGUUAUUGUCUUUGAUUUU